GAUGAUGUGUAUUAUUGGUAUUUUGUGAACACAACUGUACUGACGCUGGGAAUAAGUUAAUGGCCGUUUAUUCGUGAAUAAAGUCGUUGUUUUUAGUUUCAGCUUCGAGUUAAAUAGUAGCGACAGAGAGCUAACUUAACUAACGAUACCUUACUUUCAAGCUUUAAAAGUUUGGUAACAGUUUGGUAUAUCCUCUGUAGUGUCGGUAGUUUCCAGCUGUCAUGGGGACCGUUUUUACCUCCUGUCUGUCGGCUUUCUGCUCUCCUAGCCGGGGUUGAUCUUCAUGGGGACCCGUAUCACUGGAGGAUGGAAGGUUUAACCGGGGACCAUCAUGGCUGCUAUGACGGUGUGUCGUUACACCGGUGGGCGGCUCCUUGGAGGAUGGUGCCCGCUGCUGUGUGUGCUCUUCGGGUCUCUGGUGGUGGUCCUGAUGCCCCUGGUGCGGGAGGAGGAUCAGUGCUGCGCCGCCCUGAGGGGCCUCUCACUGCUCCGCUGCCGGCUGGGAGGCGGCUCUCAGCGGCCUGCAGCGGUGCAGACCACCAGCCUCACGGUCCCCUUCACGGCCCUGGACGUGCUGCCACUCAGGUCCAAGCCGAGCAAUGAAAUGAAGCUUGAGGCCAAGGCGGCACUGCAGCUGGCUGUGGAGAUGAGAAAACUUGGGAAGCGUGAGAAGGCUCAUAAACUGCUGGUGCAUGCACUCGGCAUGAAUCCAGACUUUGUGGAUGCCCUGACGGAGCUGGGGACCAUCCUGGAAGAGGAGAAGGAUGUGGUCCAGGCAGACCAUCUCUACACCAAGGCCUUGGCCAUCUCCCCGUGUAAUGAGAGAGCUUUAGUGAGCCGGGACCGGACUUCUCCCCUGGUCGAAGAGAUUGACCAGCGGUACUUUGGCAUCAUUGACAGUAAAGUGCGCCGGCUUAUGUCCAUUCCUAAAGGCAACUCUGCCCUCCGCAGGGUGAUGGAGGAGACCUACUACCACCACAUUUACCACACGGUGGCCAUUGAAGGCAGCACGCUCACUCUGUCUGAGAUCCGUCACAUCCUCGAGACGCGUUACGCCGUCGCUGGGAAGAGCUUGCAGGAGCAGAACGAGGCCAUCGGUGUGGACGCAGCCAUGAAGUACAUCAACACCUCGCUGCUGUCCAGAGCAGGCACCAUGGACGUCAGUGACAUCCUGGGGAUCCACCGCCGGGUGCUGGGCUACGUGGACCCUGUGGAGGGAGGGAGGCUGCGCACCAACCAGGUAUUUGUGGGCCAUCACAUCCCCCCCCACCCUCGGGACCUGGAGAGACACAUGCAGGAGCUGGUUCAGUGGCUCAACUCCGAGGACGCCCUGCAGAUGCACCCUGUGGAGUACGCAGCUCUCGCCCACUACAAACUGGUCUAUGUGCACCCAUUUGUCGACGGCAACGGACGCACAUCACGACUGCUCAUGAACCUCGUGCUCAUGCAAGCGCGAUACCCACCAGUCACUAUCCGCAAAGAACAAAGGGCGGAGUAUUAUGCAGCUCUAGACACGGCUAAUGAGGGAGAUGUACGACCCUUCAUUCGCUUUAUAGCCAAAUGUACAGAGAUGACAUUGGACACAUUGUUGAUUUCUACAACGGAGCAUGCUGUGGGGCUGCCGGGAGCCAGCGAGGACCAGGCCUGUCCCGACUGCCAACAGACCAUUCCCAUUCACAACUAGAUACACAGGGAAGGGGAAUCUAAAAGCACUUUAAUUCCAACCCUACCAUGUGUUCAAUUGCUUUAUGGCCAUAUUCUACCUUAUCCUCUAUAAUCCAGUUUAGGUUUUAAGAUAUGAAUUCAUUCACAGGGUGUUGAAUUGAAAAUUUGCUGUUACGGUUUGUUUUGUCAUUGAAAAUAAACCUUUUCCCCACUUUUUGUUAGUAACCUAUAUUCCCUUAGUGUUAAUGCAUUUCAGAGAUCUAUAAAAUACAAUCUACAUUUGACCAGAGGUGAUGUGACGAUGAAAGAAACGUUUUCUUAUGACAUUUGACUUGGUAUGCUUUAAGAGCAAAUGUGUAGAGUGAGUGUGAACAUUUGUUAAUGAUCUAUCUCUCGGAUAGAAAAUAUGAAGUGUCAUAACACUGUAAGCAUUUGUGUUUCUGAUUAUUUAUUUAAAAUAAACGUGUUCUAUUCACUUGUA